AUGAGGACGUGUAACACAGAUUGCGUUGAAAGGCCUCUUCGUAUUGGUUUUAUGAAGCUUGGAAGAUUCGUGGGCCGGCACCCAUAUUGGUUUGUUUUAUGUCCUCUUGUAAUUUCUGUAGUACUUGGGGCAGGAUUUAUGAAGUUUAAGGAAACUGAAGCAAAUAAUAUAGAAGAACAGUUUACCCCUUUGCGAGGUCACGCGAAAGUAGAAAGGGCGUUUAUCCGAGAGCAUUUCCCCAUGGAUUUCGCCACGUUCUCGGCGUCGAGGCUUUACACAGAAGGGGCGUACGUUUCCUUCAUCGCUGUUGCUAAAGAGGACAACAUACUGACCAAAAAGGCAUUUGAAGAGAUCUUAUUACUUGAUAAAAUGGUCCAAAGUUUAAAGGUUACUUACAAUUAUACUGAAUAUGACUUCAAUACUCUUUGUGCGAAAAUUGGUGGUUUCUGUUUCACAAGUCCUAUUUUAACUUUUAUAAACCGCAACGCUGCUCUAGUAGAGACCUCUGUGUAUGAAUAUCCUAACAAUAAUGGCUCGUUUGUUGGGUCUGUUUUGGGCGGGAUUGAGUUAGAUGGAAAUAAAGUUAAAAAAGCUCGUGCAGUUAAGAUCGAUUAUUUCUUGAGAGAAGACGACUUGCAAUUUCAAAUUCCGGUCGAAAUGUGGAUUCUAGAGUAUCUGAAAGAAGUUGCCAAGACAGAUUUGAAGUGGAUUAAGAUUUCGCGUUUCACUUCCAUAUCAAGACAAGUAGAAUUUGAAGGAAAUGCCAAAGUAAUAAUUCCACUUUUUUCCAUUACUUACUUCCUUACAAUAACCUUUUCCAUCAUAUCCUGUAUGAGGCUCGAUUGUGUGAGGAAUAAGGUCUGGGUUGCUGCUCUGGGAGUCAUAUCAACUGGAUUAGCCGUACUAUCAGGUUUUGGACUACUGAUAUUUAGCAGAGUGUCAUUUGCCAUCAAUACUGCCAAUGCACCUUUUCUAAUUCUAGGUAUUGGUGUAGACAAUAUGUUUAUUAUGCUUGCAAGCUGGCAGAAAACAAAUGUGGAUGAUGAUGUUGAAAACCGCAUGGGCGAAACCUACUCUGAUGCAGCCACCUCCAUGACAAUCACUACUCUGACUGACAUCUUAGCUUUUUAUAUUGGCGCAAUGACUCCUUUUGCAUCAGUGCAAUCAUUUUGUAUUUAUACUGGUACAACUGUUUUGUUGAGCUUUAUCUACAACCUUACAUUUUUUGGAGCUAUUCUCGUAUUGAAUGGAAAAAGAGAAUCUGCGAACCGGCACUGGUUUACAUUUAGAAAAGUUGAAAGUGAGCAUUUACCAGAAGAAUCCAAAUGUUAUGGAAUGUGUUGUGUGGGCGGGGCUUACAAUGAGGAAACAGGUGGAGAGAUCGACCAUCCAAUGGUUAGCUUUAUGAAUGAGUAUUAUGGUCCAUUUCUUACAAAGCGUUGGACCAAAGGAGUUGUGGUGGUCCUAUAUUUAGCAUAUCUGGGUGGCAGUUUUUAUGGCUGUGUUUCCCUUAAAGAAGGAAUUGAUGUCAGAAAUCUGGCCAAUGAUUAUUCAUAUGUGAUUAAAUACUAUGAUGAUGCAUCUAAGUAUUUUUCCAUGUUUGGACCACGUGUUAUGGUUACUAUCACCCAACCUGUAGAUUAUUGGAAUUCACAUGUUCAGAAUGAAAUUGAACAAUGUUUGCAGAACUUUGAAAACAUCUCCUAUGUAGAUGGUAGAUUCUCAGAGUCAUGGCUCCGUAUAUACGCUGGUGUUGCCAAACAAAUGCAUCUUGAUAUAACAACUAAAAAUGCAUUCUUAGGGACUUUAGAUAAUUUUUUUAAAAUUGUCCCAUUACUUAAACAAGAUCUUGAUAUUUCAGCUAGUAAAGACAGUAUUACAGCUUCACGUUUUUUUAUUCAGUCUGUUUACGUCAAUGAUUCAAAUGCUGAGAAAGUAUUGCUAAAAGAUUUUCGAAGUAUGGCAAAGGUAUGUAUCAUUCCUAUGGAAGUGUUUCAUCCUGCAUUUAUCUAUUAUGAUCAAUAUCUUGUGAUAAUAUCCAGCACGGUACAGAAUGUAGCUGUUGCUGCUGGUGCUAUGCUAAUUGUUUCCCUUGUGUUGAUUCCAAAUCCAAUCUGUUCUCUCUGGGUUACAUUUGCUAUUGCAUCAGUUUUGGUGGGUGUGGCUGGGUUUAUGGCUUUCUGGGGUGUCAGUUUAGAUUCCAUAUCCAUGAUAAAUUUGGUCAUUUGUAUUGGUUUCUCAGUGGACUUUACAGCUCAUAUUUCAUAUGCAUACAUUGCGAGUGAUAAACUAACUGGUAAUGAGCGAUCUAUUGAUGCAUUAUACAGACUCGGCUAUCCUAUUAUCCAAGGGGCCCUUUCAACUAUAAUGGGUGUUAUCGCAUUGUCUGCUGCAGCAAGUUACAUAUUUAGGACCUUCUUUAAGAUCAUGUUCCUCGUCAUAACCUUUGGUGCAAUUCAUGGAAUAGUUUUAAUGCCAGUAUUUAUGACAUUUUUCAAGCUGUAA